UACAGCUGAGCCCAAGCUCCAAGACUGAGCUUUUGGCUGAGCAGAUUAAAGAUGAUAGCAAGUUUUCAGAGGCCAUCACAGUGCUGCUUACCUGGAUUGAGCGAGGCGAGGUGAAUCGUCGCUCAGCAAACCAGUUUUAUUCCAUGGUGCAGUCGGCCAAUAGCCACGUCCGCCGGCUCAUGAACGAAAAGGCCGCUCAUGAGCAGGAAAUGGAGCAAGCCAAGGAGAGUUUCAAAAAUGCCUUAACAGGGAUCCUCACUCAAUUUGAGCAGAUUGUCGCCGUUUUCAACGCUUCUACCAGACAAAAAGCUUGGGACCAUUUCUCGAAAGCCCAGCGAAAGAACAUAGACAUUUGGCGAAAGCAUUCUGAGGAGCUCCGAAAUGCUCACAGUGAACAGCUCAUGGGAAUCCGCCGGGAAGAGGAGAUGGAAAUGUCCGAUGAUGACAGUGGUGACAAUCCCAGUAAAAAGCUGAGAGUAGAUGAUUCAGCUCUAGCCGCCCAAGCAUAUGCGCUAAAGGAAGAGAAUGAUAGUCUUCGGUGGCAGCUGGAUGCUUAUAGGAAUGAAGUGGAGCUCCUGAAACAGGAGAAAGGACAGCUCUUUCGAACGGAAGAAAGCCUUACAAAGGACCAGCAGCUGCAGUUCCUACAGCAGACAAUGCAAGGCAUGCAGCAGCAAUUGCUGAGCAUACAGGAAGAAUUAAAUAACAAAAAAUCUGAACUCGAGCAAGCCAAGGAAGAGCAAACACAUACACAAGCGAUGCUUAAAGUCCUGCAGGAACAGUUAAAAAGCACCAAGGAAUUAGCAGAAAUCAAUGAGCAUGAUGCAUCUCAGGCAAAUGAAAUCAAUGUAUUGACAGUAGCAUUGGUCAACCAAGACAGAGAAAAAAAUUCAGAGAAACGAAGCCCGGGUCUAAAAUCAGAGAAAGAGGCACUAUUAAUAGGUAUCAUAUCCACAUUUCUUCACGUCCACCCUUUUGGAGCCAAUAUAGAAUAUCUUUGGUCUUAUAUGCAGCAGUUGGACUCUAGGAUCUCUGCAAAUGAGAUAGAAAUGCUUUUAACAAGACUGCCACGCAUGUUUAAACAAGAAUUCACUGGUGUAGGAGCAACACUGGAAAAGAGGUGGAAGUUUUGUGCCUUUGAAGGAAUUAAAACUAUCUGACUGUGACUAGUAAUGAAGCUAUGCAGAAGAAUUCCUAGAGCAUGGCAGGGUUAUAAAGUAUGAAAGUAAGAAAUUUUGGUUUGGGCACAUAGUAGUAUGUUUUCAAAGUUAUCCAAGCCUAAUUUUAGUUACAUUUGUGAUGUUUUCUUGUGAGUGGAAAUGUAGUUGUGCACCAGUUCCUAAAAUAAAAUAAAAUUUUUUAAAAGUUUCAAAAUGUGACAGAUCUGUUUCCUAUGAAAACUGAAGAAAGAUAUCACAAUCAUAAAGAUUUCAAAAUAUUACAUGUCCUACAUCUAAGAAAAGCUCAUUGAGCAAACAGUUAAGGAGAAAGAUUGCCCAGUUAUGGUCGCCAUGCUACAGCAAUGUAUAUGUAAUAUGUAGUAGAACUCAUUAAGUUUCGUUAUUGAAAGUUCUUUCUGUUUAGUAAGAAAAACUGAGUAAUUUUGCAGUGAGGAAAAGCAUACCAAAAGAAAACUUGAAGAUGUGUCUGAAGUUAUUGUAUUUUGUAAAUUAAGUUAUAUGCUGUACCAGGGAUUUUUGCCUUAUUGAAAGAGGCCUGAAAAUGUGAUUGGAGUCCUCAAGAAUGCUUUAUCAAGAAUAUUAUUUUUCUAAUGUAACUAUUCUCCAUUACAAGUUCUUUUAACAUGGAUUGCAUAUCAAUUUUCAUAAACAUGUAAAUAAGGAGGAAACCAGUGUUACUGUAUUGUAUUUGGUAUGUAACAUUCAGGUUUAUGCAUCAAAAUAAAUACUCAGUUGCAUUACUGUUAAAAUUUUAUAGCAGAUAUAUUAAUUUUUAUCAAUAAAUAUGACUUCUACCA